ACUUCUUUCACGAUGUCUGCUCUCGACACUAUCCACAUUCCUCACCUCCCUUCGUCCAUGCCCGUGCAUGUGGCUCUCUACCGCGACGUCAAAAAUGCGCCCUUUUUGCGCCAACAGCUGAUCUCGGGGAAUGGGGACUUUGAAUAUGCCCUUAUCGAUGCGAGCAUGGUUCUGUCAAGGACACACCUUCUCACCGCAGUCUUCCGCGCAGCCAACGACUACCUGAAUGGCCGUCUGAAGUCGCGCAAUAUCCAUUCGGAAAUUGUGUUCUCCUUCAGUCCUACGAACAAUAUCGCCGAUUCGUUUCGGAAGUUCGGUAUCGCAGACACGACGACAGACUUGCUGGUGGUGAAGGUCUCCGUAACCCCCGAAAUUACCCACGAUUCCGUCGCAGCACACCUGAACCAAUCGAUCGAGGGUACCCCCGCGCCGUUCGACGACGAAACGCUCUCUGGAAUCUCGGACGUUUCGAAGAUCAAGAAGGUCUAUAAGUUGGGAGCAUUGGGCUCUUCGAACCCCAAGAAGGCGGCUGGUGUCGUUCAAGAUGAAAUGAAGCAGCUCGAGCUUUCAGUAAUCGGGGCGAUCACAUUGCGUGGUGCGACGUGAACAUCGGCCGUACUCGAAGCCAAAUUCCUUGCCUUGGAGCUUUCCUGUGUACCGCACAACCCGGUCCAUGGGUAUCUGAAAGAGAGCCACUCUAUGGACCCGUUGGGUCUCCCUUGGCUACACUUCCUCGAUGGGUGUCCCUACCCUGCGUCCGGAAAAGUUGGCCACGGGGGAUGACGGGUUAAAGCUGGUCGCGGGCUUGCUGGUACAUAUUGUGACGUUAGACGAGUUGCUGCUGGAACAUGACGCAACCUAGAUAUGGAUAAUGUAUAUCGGUAGGGAAGAGAGGGAAAGACAUUCCAGAUGCGCCGCUCGUCUUCACAGACGGCCCAUCACAAACUCAAUAGAUACAUAUAGCAGAGAAAGCAUAUCACUGAAC